AUGUUUGGCAAACGUGUCAGAAAAGCUUUACGACAAAGAAGAUUAUCUCUUUCAGAGGGCGUCACAGAUGCGAAAUUGAUGAAAAGUAGUGACGAUCAGAAGGAAGUGAUCAAGGAAGCUGGAGGCCUGAAAUUUAAUGAUAUCGGAGGAUUAAAAGAGGUUUUGGAAGAGUUGAAGUGGGGAGUAAUGUUUCCACUUUGCAAUCCGGAGGUGCCUCAGGGGUUGGGUUUUAAACCCACAGCUGGGAUCUUGCUGCAUGGACCACCUGGAUGUGGAAAAACUAAACUUGCCCAAGCCAUUGCAAAUGAAGCUGGAGUUUUUUUGUACAAGAGAUCUGCUGCUGAAUUUGUUUCUGGGUCCGCAGGUGAAUCCGAAAAGAACAUACGCGAUCUGUUCUCAGAAGCAUACAAGACAGCUCCUUCAGUUAUAUUCAUCGACGAGAUUGAUGCUAUUGCUUCAAAAAGGGGAAAUAAACUAAAAAGGGAUUUUGAACAACGAAUUGUGACACAGUUAUUGACUUGCAUGGAGGAGCCCAUGUCAGUAGGUUCAGCACGAUCUAGAAAAAAAGCCGGUUAUGUUCUUGUGAUUGGAGCGACAAAUAGACCUGAUGUUCUGGAUCCAGCUCUUAGAAGGCCUGGGAGAUUUGAUCGAGAGAUUUGCUUAGGUGUUCCUGACGAAAAUGCACGAGCUGAAAUCUUAUCUGCAUUGACGCGCAAUCUUAAACUUUCGAAGGAUUGUGACUUUGAUCUUUCAAAUAUUGCCAAAGCUACACGUGGUUUUGUCGGGGCUGACUUGUCAGCAUUGGUUACGGAGGCUGGUAACCUUGCAAUGAAAAGGAUUAGUUAUAGCAGAAAACCCGAUAGUGAAGAGGCCAAAGUCAACUGGUGGAGUCGGCGGUUGGAACCAGAGGAGAGGAAAGACCUCGACAUAAGGAUGACCGACUUUGAGGAAGCGGUGAAAAUGGUUCAACCAUCUUUAAGAAGAGAAGGAUUUUCAGCUAUUCCUAAUGUCAAGUGGGAGGAUAUCGGAGGGCUUGAUUUCUUGAGGAAGGAAUUCGACGAUUAUAUUGUCAGGCGUAUUAAAUACCCCGAGGAAUAUGAGGAAUUUGGUGUAGGUUUUGAGCAAGGAUUUUUGCUUUAUGGGCCUCCAGGUUGUGGUAAAACUUCAAUCGCGAAGGCUGUAGCAAAUGAGGCAGGGGUAAAUUUCAUCCACGUUAAGGGACCUGAACUUCUGGCUAAGUGGGUGGGAGACAGUGAGUUGGCAGUUCGAACAAUAUUCAGUCGUGCUAGAACAUGUUCUCCCUGCAUCCUUUUCUUUGAUGAGGUAGAUGCAAUAGCACCAAAGCGGGGAAGUGGUCCAAUGGAAGGAGGACGACGAAUGGUUGAGAGCGUUUUGACCCAGUUACUCAUAGAGCUAGAUGGGGGUAAUAAACGGAAAGGUGUUUUUCUGAUUGGUGCUACAAAUAGGCCGGAGGUGAUGGAUGAAGCUAUCAAAAGACCUGGUCGUUUAGGGAAACACAUAUAUGUUCCUUUGCCGAGUCCAGAAGAACGCGGUUUGAUUUUAAAAGCCCUUACCAAGGGUAAACCAAUAUCUGAGGAGGUAGAUUUCGGUGCUAUGGGUCUGAAGAAAGCUUAUGAGAAUCUAAGUGGAGCUGAUCUUGCUAGAGUGGUUGACAAAGCUGGCAUGAUUGCGCUGAUGGAGAAGCGAAUGUGGAAAAAAUCAGGUGAAGUCGGUUUUGAAAUGAAGAAAUGGACGAUCAAUGAAACACACUUUGAUCAAGCAGUGGAGACCGUCUCACCAUCAGCUACAGACAAGAUGCACUUUUUACAUCAUCUUAAUCACCCUUUUGGUUCUGGUAAGCUUGUAAACUUCGAUUCUAAAAUUAUCUCAAAUCCUUGUGGAGAACUUUUCCUUGCCAAUGGUACUCUUUAUUGGAUGGGCUUUGAACUAGAAAUGAUUGUUACCUUCAAUUUGGCUGAGGAGAAGUUUUUUGAGCAUCUUUCACCGCCUCCUUUGCCACCAUCCGGGGAUUGGAAUAGGACAUGGGUUUUGGAUGGAUUUUUGUUUUUCGCUAUUUAUCUAGAGCUGAAUAUUAAUAUGGCGUAUGGCCAUUAA